AGGAACCUUUCCUCCUAAUCCAAUCAAUAUUACAAAAGCUGAGUCCGGUAAUUACAUUGGCCUCUGCGCCGUAAGCUAAGGCUUCAGCCCUUCAGCCCAGCCCCACCAUGGACAUGUCCGCGGACAAGCCCGUGAGAUUGGACAACUCCACCUCCGAUUGGCUGCACAGCCUCUGAGGUUCUUGGUAUAAGAUGAGAGAAGUGUGACAACAGAAGUCGAGACUACCAGACCAGCUUAAACGACCAAAGAAACCAAUUCAUCGAACACACCCAUCACUAACCUAUCAAUCAAUAUCUCCCCAAAAGUCUCAGCCCAUUUACACCGACAUCAUGAUGAACUGCCACAAAGAACCCGAGUUCCAAAUCCACGAUAUCCCUAGUCUUCGAGGCUACAUCGCCAUCGUCACAGGCGGUAACUCCGGUAUUGGCUAUGAGACAACACUUCAACUCGCCCUCAAGGGCGCAAGAGUCUACAUCGCCAGCCGCUCAAGCGAACGCGUCAACAAGGCUAUCUCCGAGAUGCGACAAAACAGUCCCGACUUGGACCUUCACUUCCUCAAGCUAGACCUCCAAGACCUUCAGAGCAUCAAAAGCACUGCUCUUGAUUUCAUGAGUCGCGAAAAUCGCCUUGAUCUGCUGAUCAACAACGCUGGCAUCAUGGCUAGUCCUUGGCAAUUGACAAAGGAUGGUUUUGAAGUCCAAUGGCAGACUUGCUUCCUCUCCCAUCACGCCCUCACCAUGUCAUUGAUGCCUCUUCUCGUCGCCGCUGCUCAGACCAGUGGUCGUAUGGACCGCGUACGAAUCGUCAAUGUUGCUAGCGAUAUGGCUUUGAGAAUGGGUCCAGAAUCCAUCAAUUAUCAGGAUCCCAAUCUCACCGAUGCCACUGGACAACUGGCGCCAUGGAAGAGAUACGGCCACUGCAAGCAAGCCAGCAUCAUUGUCGCGAAGGCGAUCACAGAACGCUACCAACCUCUCGGCGUGACAGCCUACUCCCUUCACCCAGGUCUUAUCAAGUCCGGUCUGCAGUCUCACUCGAACAACAUCUUCGGAGCCAUGACACGUGUCGCCAUGAAAGUCGGCCCAACGUCCACGCCGCUCGAAGGAUCAAUGAACUCGCUUUUCUGUGCUACAACUUCACAAGCUUAUGAACACGCUGGACGAUAUUAUGUGCCGGUUCAGAAGCUAGAUGACAGGGCUAAUAAGUGGUUGGAUGAUCCUCAGGCUGUUGGCAAGCUUUGGGACUUAGCGAACAAGCAAUUGAAGGAGCAUGGGUUUGUCUUUGAGGAUCUGCCUCGAUACUAUGCAUAAUUGUUCGUUGGAUAUUGAUGGGACUGCGAUAAUGGUGGGGCUGAAUGUUAUAGAAUAAUGUGCAGAAACAUAUGUAUGAGAGAGAAUUCUUUAGUUCGGUGGCAUUUCCUUUUUUCACUUCCUUGUCUGGUCUACAAUUCUCUGAAAAGCACUGUAUUAAACCGUACAGGGGAAUUUCUCGCCGAAGUCCAAGAUGAAGUGAAAACAGCCACUGUAUCUUCUCCUGCCAUAUGAACAACAAGUGAAGAUGAUCGUGCAGUAAUGUUUCCCUAUGGCUAUGCAUAUAGCGAAUAUAUAUGCUAAUAAGAAGAUGAGUUCAUCAAGCACAUAGCUCGGUUUCGUGGUCUAACGGUUAUGACUGCGGAUUCUGAUUCCGCCAGCGAGGGUUCGACUCCCUCCGAGACCUACUUUUUGUA